GUUUCCGCAUCUGUUGUGGAGUGGGAGAGUUUUGAAGACCAUGUUGGACAUCCUGCAGACUCUCUCUCUGUCGCUGAGCGCCGAUAUUCACAAAGAUCAGCCGUACUACGACAUUCCCGACACGCCGUACAGGAUAACGGUCCCGGACACGCACGAGGCGCGAGAGAGCAUCGUGAAGGACUUCGCCGCUCGCUGUGGAGAGAUCUUGAAGGAGGCCAUGAAGUGGGCCGCCUCCGUCACCAAGUCUCAUCUCCAGGAGUAUCUGAACAAGCAUCAGAACUGGCUGUCGGGUUUGUCUCAGCACACGGGUCUGGCGAUGGCGACCGAGAGCAUUCUCAGCUUCGCGGGAUACAACCGUCAAAGCACCACGCUGGGGAUGGUUACUGAGAUGGUAACUGAGGUGUUUGGGCAGAUGAAGGCAGCUUUUCCUCAGGUUACCCAGCUGACGGAGCGACCCACCUGUGUGAAGAAGGAUUACUCCAACUUCAUGGCGUCGCUCAACCUGCGGAACCGCUACACCGGAGAGGUGGCUGGGAUGCUGCAGUUUGCCGAGGCGACACACAGCGAGUCGAACCCCAGCAAACUGAUGAUCUCUCAGAUGAGCGACGCUCUGGACGCCAAAAACUCUGACGCCUUCAUGCAGAACAUGUUUAAGAUGACCGCUCUGUUCAUCAGCACUAAAGACUGCGAUCUCCAGCUGCUGCAUCACCUCUGCUCGUCUCCGCUGAAGAUGUUCACGGAGCAGGGCAUGGAGACGGCCAUCGCCUGCUGGGAAUGGCUUCUCGCCGCGCGCAGUGGAGCUGAAGUCCAGUUCAUGCGUGAGAUGGCGGACGCCUGGCAGAUGACCAUCAAGCUGAAGAUGGGCUUGUUCUCGGAGACCGAGUCAGAGGCCGAUCCUUUAGCGGCUUCAGAAGAGAGUCAACCCCUGCCUCGUCCACCCAACGUCACACCGCAUUCACUCUGGAUCGAGUUCCUAGUGCAGAGAUUUGAAAUCGCGAAGUACUGCAGUGUGGAUCAGGUGGAGAUCUUCACGGUUCUCCUGCAGAAAGCCCUGUCCAUCAGUGUCGGUGGACCCAAGAGCUGCCUGAACCGACACGUAGCCGCGAUAGGACCCCGGUUCAGGCUCCUGACUCUUGGUCUGACUCUUCUGCAUGCUGAUGUUGUGACCAAUGCCACCAUCCGUAAUGUCCUGAGAGAGAAGAUCUACUCCACAGCCUUUGAUUACUUCAGUGUGGCUCCCCGAUUCCCCACUCAGCCGGAGAAACGCCUGCGCGAAGACAUCAGCAUCAUGAUCAAGUUCUACGCGUGUUUGCUGUCGGAUAAGAAGUACCUCACAGCCGUUCAGCUCGUCCCACCAGACCCUCAGGACGUGUCUGUGAACAGUCUGUCUGUCAUGGCCGUGACGGACUCGAGGAACAGUCUAGACGCGGCUGUGGGAUCCAGACAACAGGCCAAUCAGGGCUGGAUCAACACAUACCCACUGUCCAGCGGACUCUCCACACUCUCCAAGAAAUCAGGUCUGUCAAAGAAGACGAACAGAGGAACGCAGUUGCACAAAUACUUCAUGAAGCGCAGAACGCUCCUGCUGGCCCUGCUGGCCAGUGAGGUGGAGCGUCUGACCACCUGGUACAAUCCUCUGGGCAGCCAGGAGCUCCAGAUAUCAGCAGAUCAGUCUGUGGAAACCAGCAUCGCCAACUGGAGGUCCAAAUACAUCAGCCUGACUGAGAAACAGUGGAAGGACAAUGUUAAUCUAGCGUGGAGCAUCGCGCCGUAUCUCGCCCUACAGCUGCCGGCCAGGUUCAAGAACACCGAAGCCAUUUUCUCAGAAGUGACCCGCUUGGUUCGGUUGGAUCCGGGAGCGGUCAGUGAUGUUCCUGAGGCUGUGAAGUUCUUGGUGACGUGGCACACGAUUGAUGCCGAUUCUCCUGAGUUGAGUCACAUCUUGUGUUGGGCUCCGGCUGAUCCUCCCACGGGCCUGUCGUAUUUCUCCAGCAUGUAUCCGCCACAUCCGCUGACCGCACAAUACGCCGUCAAAGUCCUGCGCUCCUUCCCUCCUGAUGCUAUUCUGUUUUACAUCCCACAAAUUGUUCAAGCUCUCCGUUAUGACAAGAUGGGGUACGUGAGAGAAUACAUCCUGUGGGCGGCACAGAAGUCUCAGCUUCUGGCACAUCAGUUCAUCUGGAACAUGAAGACCAACAUCUACACCGACGAGGAGGGACACCAGAAGGACCCGGAUAUCGGGGAGCUUCUGGAGCAUUUGGUCGAAGAGAUCAUCGGGUCUCUCUCGGGUCCAGCGAAAGAUUUCUACCAGCGCGAGUUUGACUUCUUCAACAAGAUCACCAAUGUCUCAGCCAUUAUAAAGCCCAUUCCUAAAGGAGACGAGCGGAAGAGAGCGUGUCUGCGAGCGCUGUCGGAUAUCAAAGUCCAGCCAGGCUGUUAUCUGCCCAGUAACCCUGAGGCCAUAGUCCUAGACAUUGACUACAAAUCUGGAACGCCAAUGCAAAGCGCUGCUAAAGCGCCGUAUCUGGCCAAAUUCAAGGUGAAACGCUGUGGAGUGAGUGAACUCGAGAAAGAGGGUUUAUUGUGUCGCUCGGACUCGCUGGAUGAAGAAAGCGGAGAGGACGCGCAGAAGAUCUGCUGGCAGGCGGCCAUCUUUAAAGUGGGAGACGACUGCAGACAGGACAUGCUGGCUUUGCAGAUCAUCGGCCUGUUCAAGAACAUCUUCCAGCUGGUGGGACUCGACCUGUUCGUGUUUCCAUACAGGGUGGUAGCGACGGCACCUGGGUGUGGCGUUAUCGAGUGCAUCCCAGACUGUAAGUCCAGAGAUCAGCUGGGACGACAGACGGAUUUCGGGAUGUACGAUUAUUUCCGUAACCAGUACGGAGACGAAUCCACUCUGGCCUUCCAGAAGGCGAGGUAUAACUUCAUCAGGAGUAUGGCUGCGUACAGUCUUCUGCUGUUCCUGCUCCAGAUCAAGGACCGACACAACGGGAACAUCAUGCUGGACCGACACGGACACCUCAUCCACAUCGAUUUCGGCUUCAUGUUUGAGAGUUCUCCGGGUGGGAAUCUGGGCUGGGAGCCGGACAUCAAACUGACGGAUGAGAUGGUGAUGAUCAUGGGCGGGAAGAUGGAGGCCACGCCCUUUAAAUGGUUCAUGGAGAUGUGUGUGCGUGGAUACCUGGCCGUCAGGCCGUACAUGGAUGCUGUGGUUGCCUUGGUAACGCUGAUGUUGGAUACAGGGUUGCCCUGCUUCCGCGGUCAGGCCAUCAAACUGCUCAAGCAGCGCUUUAACCCUGGAGUGAGUGAGAAGGAAGCGGCGGCUUUCAUCAUCAAAGUCAUUCAGAACUGCUUCCUGAGCAGCAGGAGCAAAACGUAUGACAUGAUCCAGUACUAUCAGAACCAGAUCCCGUACUGAAGGCCAGAGAAGAGUGUGUGUGUGUGUGUGUGUGUGAUGCUAUCACACUGCUGUCCCAGUCUGGUGUGUGUGUGUGUGAGAUGAGUUUGCAUGGAUUGAUACACACGUAUAUCAGCACUUCUUCACUCGAUGAACUCUCUGCUGCAUGAUGACUUGAAUUAUACUUGAUUUUAUAAUUUAAAGUAAAUUGUGCCAAUUUUGGUUUUAUUUGAUGUGAUUUUGUUUACGGCCUUUAGUAUUUUCCAGACGAAUCAUGUGGUUAUUAAACAGCAGAUGUUUUUAUGGAAGUGGAUGGUCUGAAUUAGAGACUAAUGUAAAAUUUUAGAGGUUUUUAGAUUUGCACAUUAUAUUGAUUGAUUAUAUUUAUAGUUCAAAUGUUUGCCAUCGUGUGAAUCUUGAAUUCUUUGCUGCUCUGAAUUUGUGUAUUAAUAUUUCUGAUUUUAAGGUCACAUGACCCGAGCGAUCACUGCGUGUAUUGAUCAGUCGAUUGUGCAGUAAGUGGCUAAUCUUUGUACGCUCGCAUUAAUUCUCUCUCCUCUCUUUAUAUUCUCAUUCCUAUUGGAUUAUCUAUUGUCUGUGAUAUUUAAUAAAUGUCUAAUUGCUUGUACGCAUUUGUAAAGCUUCUUUACUGUGCAUGUGAUAAUCCCAGAUGUCAAAUGAAGCGGAGCAAGUGUUUUUAUUUAUUUCAGUGUAAAAAAAGCUUCAAAUGUACAGUCAAUAUCUGUGUUUUCAAGGGGUUGUUCACUGACAGUGAUUUGAAGAUACCAAAAGUCAUUAAUUUACUGUAGUAUUAUGAUGUGAGAUUACCGAUGAAAACACCUUCUAGAAUCCAAUAAAACAGCAUCAUUGUCAA